AUGGCAGACUACAACCCGUACAACUUCGCCAACCGUCCCAAGGACGAGGUCGCUGAGAUCGCAAGGAAGGGCGGACAGAGCAGCCACAACAGCGGGUUCGCCAGCAUGGACCCUGACAAGCAGCGCGAAAUCUCGUCCAAGGGUGGGAACGCGUCCAACUGGUCUUUCCAGCCAGGAAGCGAGCGAGCCAGGGAGGCCGGGCGGAAGGGCGGAUUGGUUGCAGGAGGCAGCAGCAGGAUGUAUGCCGACGACGAAGAGGAGGAGUUGAAGCCCGACGAGUAA